AUGGUUUUACUGGUGACGAGCACGGAGCCGUACUUCGUGAGCGAGGCGCUGUUCUGCCCGGAGGCGCAGCUCGUCAACUCGCGACCAGUCCGCCUGCACGUCGCCACGCUCGGCCGCUGCCUCGAGCAGCCUCCAGAGGAGGACGACCUGGCCGGGCUGGAGGCGUCGCUGCGCGGCUACCUGCCGCAGGCGGACGCGCCCUUCAUCCUGGACAUAGACCUCGACUUCUUCAGCACGCGCAACCCUUUCCUCGGCCUGUACGAGCGCGCCGGGCUCUACCAUCGCCUGCGGCACAUCUACCGCUUCGAGAAGCCCGACGCCACCGACGCCGAGAGUGGAGUUGGUGACUUCCCCGAGUCGUACAGCUGUGAUCUGAACGACAACUAA